CCCCCGUCACGCUGUUCAGUCGGUCCUGCGGACUAAUGGCACACGGGAAAAACUCACGGCGACAACAAUGGCGACAGUCACCCAGGACCCGACGUAGGCCACGAUCAUCAUCCGAGUCCGCGCAACCGAAUCCGACCUCCACGCCGCAGCCUUGUGUCAAGGGCAGCAGCUCUACUCUGAGCCAUGCCGCGCUGGCCCGUGCCUCACCAGAACACGACCACUUAGGCAUCACCAAUCGUCCACCCAGCAGGCGCGCCGACAUGAUAUACCCACUCAAUAGGCAGACGCUGGGAGAGUUGCAAAGCUCUCUUGGUGAAGAAGUCGUUGAAGAGUCUGAAACAGAGGAAGAAGAGGGCUGGGUGAAGCCCGUACGGACGAUACAUAAGAAGUCGGCUAUGUCUAUGCCUUUGAGAUCAUCCCGCCAAACACAUCGAGACUCCCCGGGCAGGGAGAAAGCUCGUCGUCAGGCUGUCGCCACCCUGUCCAAAACACGAGGCAAGCAGUUCUCACGGCAAAAAGCACGCGUCGCGAAAACCGCUCAGAAUAAAAUCGAGCCUCCACGUCGUAGCAAGAGGAUUGCCGCGAUCUUGGCGAGACAUCAAGAGGCCAACGAGACUAGUCAUCAGAAGCACGUCACAGGCUCUGGGGGCUGAGAUGUAGCUCACAAGAAGCUGCGUUGAGGUAUUCGCACCGACGCCAUGGACGAUCUGUCGCAGACCU